UCAGUUGGAAGAAAACCGCUGGUUGGAAACUUACAAUGGUUUCAUCCACGUUAUUCGUAUUGCUGCUGUGCACUACAGUUGCACUUUCCAAACCCGCUGCCGAUGAAGCGUCACCAAACGACGACGGUGCCUCACUGCCGAAGCCUGGUGUUUGCGGAGUAAGUCUGGCCGAUCGCAUCGUAGGAGGAAGGAGAACGGCCAUUAACGCGUAUCCCUGGGCUUCUUUGCUGAUGGCGGAAUCCAAACAAGGCGGCCGUACAGUUCCAUUCUGUGGUGCAUCGUUGAUUUCCGAUCGUUUUGUGCUCUCUGCUGCUCACUGUUUCCCAGGUGCUUCGGAAAAUUACAUUAUAUCAAACAUUCGUCUUGGUGAGUGGGAUAUUUUGAGCAAGAAUGACUGCGAGGAUGAGCACUGUUCGGACAACCCGAUUGAUGCUCCGGUAGAAAGUAUCGAGAUUCACAAAGAAUAUUCCGGCGAACCGGAUUUCCACAACGACAUUGCCUUGGUCAAGUUGGCUACGCCCGUCACCUUCACAGAGUUCAUCUCGCCGGUGUGUCUUCCUUCGGCUGAAAAGCUUCGAACUAAAUCGGAAACUGGAAGGAAGUUUACUGCCGUUGGCUGGGGUGAUAUCAAGUAUGAUGCCAAAACCAGAGAUGUUUCAAUCGGUAACCGAUACAAGUUUGAGGUGCAGCUUCCUGGAGUAGAACCGGCAACGUGCCGCGCAUCGUAUCCCAACCUUUGGGACUCGGAAAUGUGUGCUGGGAAGACCGGAAAGGACACCUGUCAGGGUGACUCCGGCGGGCCCCUGUCGAUUGCGGAGAAUGACGGAUACUGGUACCAGCAUGGAGUGGUUAGCUACGGUUACGGUUGCGGUUUUAGAAAUUAUCCUGGAGUGUAUACUCGCGUAACUCACUUCAUACCGUGGAUUAAGGAGCACAUGAAAAAGAUGAGCAGAACCAGCAGUGCUCCUGUUAGUACGACGACGCAAAGAACCACGUUCUCGUCACAGUAUGAAUAUAUUAUCCAUAUAUUGAAUAACAUUUAUGUUGACUAGGUGAGCAAAGUAGAAACUCUGUGAUAAAUCUGUGUGACAUAAAACGUUAGAGCACAAUUUAAUAAAUUAUCAACAAUCGUGUUGCACAUUCUGUUUAAUUGUCUACGAUACUGUGAUAUACGAAUCAAGCGUCCAGUUUCCUUUGUAAAAUGUCCUGAGAUUAAGCCGGAUGGAUGAUUACGGCCUUCAGAGAAAAAUAAAUCGGUUAAGGCUAACGGAUCGCUAGUCGUCGGAUUUUAGUCAUUCCUUAUUGUGCGUCAACUUA